AUGGGGAACGUUUUUGAAAAAUUGUUUAAAAGUCUCUUUGGGAAAAAGGAGAUGCGGAUUCUUAUGGUGGGUUUGGAUGCCGCUGGAAAAACCACCAUCUUGUACAAACUGAAGCUGGGAGAGAUCGUGACUACCAUCCCUACAAUAGGUUUCAACGUGGAGACAGUAGAAUAUAAAAACAUCAGCUUCACAGUCUGGGAUGUCGGCGGCCAGGACAAAAUCAGACCUCUGUGGCGACAUUAUUUCCAGAACACGCAAGGUCUGAUUUUCGUGGUCGACAGUAAUGACAGAGAGCGGGUCAAUGAAGCCCGAGAAGAAUUAACCAGAAUGUUAGCCGAAGACGAGCUCAGAGAUGCGGUCUUAUUGGUGUUUGUAAAUAAACAGGAUCUUCCCAACGCUAUGAACGCAGCAGAGAUAACAGACAAGCUUGGCUUACAUUCCCUCCGCCAGAGAAACUGGUAUAUUCAGGCUACUUGUGCCACCAGCGGGGAUGGGCUUUACGAAGGCCUGGACUGGCUCUCCAACCAGCUCAAAAACCAGAAGUGA